CUAGAAAAGAGGAAGAUGUUAUUGGUUUUUCGUCAAGACAGCACUUUGUGUGUAAUUUUGGUUGUUUUCUUUAUUUGCCAGAUUACUCCAGAGUUUUCUACCAUGCCUGCCUUUGCUCACAUUACCCAGAAUGGGGUAGCUCAUUCAGAAAAAGUCCAUCCUGCUUAUGAGCACGUGGGGUCAGGAAGAGAGACGAUAGAUGACAUGUUUGACGACACUUAUCGUGAGAAAGAGGGUCCCAAGCCUGCAACAAGAUACGUCUGGAGGAACAUUAUCCUCAUGUUUCUUCUCCAUUCAGCUGCACUGUAUGCCAUCGGAUUCAUACCUUCUGCAAAACCACUCACUUUGGUGUGGGCUGUUUUGUGUUUCAUCCUGGGUGGUCUUGGAGUUACAGCUGGAGCACAUCGGCUUUGGAGUCACCGGUCUUACAAAGCUACCUUGCCUCUCCGAAUAUUCUUGGCCAUAGUCAACUCCAUGGCUUUCCAGAAUGAUAUUUAUGAGUGGGCCAGAGACCACCGUGUGCACCACAAAUUCUCUGAGACGGAUGCUGAUCCCCACAAUGCGAGUCGGGGUUUUUUCUUUGCUCAUAUUGGCUGGCUGUUGGUGCGCAAACACCCUGAUGUCAUUGAAAAAGGGCAGAAGCUGGACUUGUCUGACCUGAAAGCUGACCAAGUUGUGAUGUUCCAGAGGAGGCAUUACAAGACCUCAGUGGUGCUCCUGUGCUUCAUGUUUCCUUCCUUGGUUCCUUGGUACUACUGGGGAGAAACCUUUCUCAACAGCUUCCUGUUGAAUAUUCUCCGUUACGUCGUAGUCCUCAAUGCCAGCUGGCUGGUGAACAGUGUGGCACACAUGUAUGGCAAUCGGCCAUAUGAUCGCCACAUCAACCCCAGAGAAAAUCACUUUGUGGUCUUUGGAGCCUUGGGGGAAGGCUUCCAUAAUUACCAUCAUACUUUCCCCUUUGAUUACUCAACGAGUGAAUAUGGCUGGCGGUGGAAUUUCACUACUGGUUUCAUUGACCUUAUGUGCUAUCUUGGCUUGGCCAGUGACUGCAAGAGAGUGGCCAAGGAGACCAUCUUGGCUCGAAAAAUUCGGAAUGGUGAUGGAAGCCACAAGACUGGCUAAAAAUCUGUUUCUCUGACCUUUCUUUUCUCCUUGUCUUUCCAACAACUUAGUCAUAUAUUUGAUCUGUUUACUAGCUAUUAGGACUGUGCAAAACAUUGAACAGGGGAGGGGGCUUUUCAAAGUGCAUUGGCACAAGUGAAGCAUUAAAGCAGCUGUGAAAGGCCAGGGGCUGCUGUUUUGAAGGCUUUUCCUGGUUCUCUGCUCAGGUGUGUGCAUACACAGCUGCUUUGCUUGGCUGACAGUCGAAUCAGAUGGUUUUUUUUGUGCAUGCAUGCAUAUGCAGAUGUGAACAGUUAGGGUUGCCCCUCAAAGCAGCCAAGCCAAACUGUCUGGACAUUGCAGCUGCAUCAUGCUUUGAGGGUGGAUAAUUUAUUUUGCAAAGCCCCCCUUUCAAAUGCUUUGCACAGCCACAUAACUACCAAGCAAUGUGUUCAAGAUGCUUAAAUGGGUGACUAACUCAUUCCAGUAUUGUCUUUUGAAACAAUAUAUUCAAGGCAUAUAGCAAAACCUUUUUUUCCCCCAACUGGUCUUGGAGGCUGCUUUUUUAUGUCUUUUCCACUCCUCUGCAAAAGUUUCCUUCUCUCUUCUCUGUUCUUUUCUCUGUCUCUCUCAUUAGCAACUGAUAAGACAUCCCAAUCAGUGUGUUCUGUGUUGGAAGAGGAUUUAGUAGGAUUGAAAGGACAGACUGGUACCAAAGUAGAAACUUCCUUUCUUAGAAUGAGCAACAACUCAUGAUUGGCUUAUGGUCACUCUUCUCCUUAGCUCUGGUGCUGUUGAAGCUCUCUUCUUUUUCUGACAGAAAAACAGGAAUUGGACUUCUAGGUAGCAGUUCUGAAAACUAUUAGAAAUUGAGGAAGGGAUGUGUAUACUGAAUGGAAAGGCAGGAGAUAAGAUCAUUUUGUAUGGGAAGCACGUAAUUUUACAGAUCAGUCCCAGAAGUAGUGGUUGAUUUUUUAGUUGGCGCUAGGCAAUUGGAGCUCCCCCCUUCCAUAUUCUCCUGUCAUCGCUGCUUGUACUUGUAAAAGAUCAGGAUUCUGAGACGGCAAGAUGGGGAAGUUAUGCAAAGAUGCUGAUUGCUUGAUAGCAGUGAAGUGAAUCUGAUUAAGAACAUGCUCCAGGAUGAAAAAUGUAUGCACUAAAGGUUUUUUUUUUUUUUGUAGCUGGAGCUCUUUUGUGUGCUGAAAGAACGAAUUAUAUGUUGCAUGCUUGGUGAUAUAUGUAAUAGUAGAUAUUUCUAUUUAGCAUAAUAUGAAAGCUAAAACGCAUAGGCUUUCUCCAAAAGCAACUAUGGGCUGAAGCUAAAAGGCUUAGGAAAAAGUUGUAUUGUCUCUUGGAGGAGUGUCACGUUGUUCCUUAGUGAUAAAGGCAGGGUCUGUUUAGACUUUUAUCUUGCUCAGUCUCUCUUUUUAAGCAGUCUCCCCCAUCAUCUUCCUUGCAAAUUGUGGGGCAGAACAUUUGGCUGCUCUCAGCUUCAUUUAGUGGAUGUCUCCCUAGGCACAACUCUCACUCCCCUUGAGUGUUCAGUCUAAAUCACUGCUUCCAAAUAGGGAAGAUAUUGAGGCAGAGGCUGCACUAUACCCUUAUUUGAUUUGGUUAUCUCAGUAUUUACUAUGAAUUAAUGAUGGGAACCCUUGUGGUAGUCAUUGUGGAGACCUGACAUUGUGAGUGGCAGAGUUUUUAUACCAGAAAGAGGGUUUAUUAAGAGCAUGUGGUUUAUUUUUUCAUGUAGCCCAUUAGGUCUCAUCUUUAGGGCACUCAUUUGCUAGCCAGUGGAGGACAAGAUGUCCUUGCCACACCUACUUCUAGCAGUCUUAUUGGUCUCUCCAUGGCUCUUGUAUUAGCCAUGAGAAUAAAUGUACUACAUAGAGGUCAAACAGAAGAGCAAGAAUGGAGAUCUCCAUUCCCUGUUGCUCAGUUUCCCAAAAACAUCUGGCUGGGCCCUGGAAGACAGGAUUGGAUGGAUGACUGCUCUGACCCAUCAGAGCUCCUCUAAAUAUUUAGGCUGAUCUGAAAACUCUUGUUGCAUCAGCAAAGACAAGGAGACUUGGCACAAAGAUAAAUAUUUUGCCCCAGUUGAAAGCAAAGGUAUAAUAACCAGUUAGCUAAAGCUUGGUUGUACUUCCUUAAUCACUCCAGCAGCACAAGGAAAUAAUGAAAAACCUCACUGACUUCAUUCUUCUGGUAUUUGGAAAGCUAGGAUCUCAGACACCCUUGACUGAACAUAUUUUUUUUCCUUUUGAGUGCACCUUUAAAGAACAGCAUGUACUGAAGGUGUAAAGAACAAUAGUUUUGCUGAUGGACAAUUGUCAGUCCUAUAGGUAUUUACUGAACUUGUCAUUAUUGUAUACUUACAAAAGUGAAUACAACUGUUAAGGAUUUCAGAGGGUAGGAAGUUAUUACCAGGCUGGCAGGACUUCCUGAAAAAUCUUAGCUGUUAGUUCUCUUAGCUAGAGAAGUCCUAGGACCUUCUCUUCAACUGAGGAAAGAGAAAGAAUGUACUUGGGAAGUUUUUGCCCAGAAGUAAAGAGUUUAACGAAAACCUUAUAAAAGCUCUGAGUUAUGCAGCCUGCAGGUUUGAAUUUGAGGAAGAUUUAGUGAGAAAUUCCCUUUUUUCAACAGCAGAGCAAAAGGAAAAAACAGGGACAAAAGAAAGCAAUGAUUACAUAGCACAGUGUUUCUCAACCUUGGCCAUUUUAGGAUGCU